GUCAAUCCUUUCAGUGGUCAAUGAGGCACGUUCACGUUACAAUACAAAGAAGUGUGGAGCAACUUACAGAAACACGGAGCUUGUUAAGGAAAUAGGAGCCUUUGCUUUAGUGGUCGCUUUGUCGGUGUGGGUGCUGAGAAGUUUGGAUAUGUGCACGCAGACCAAGGCCGGGGCUCUCAUGGCCAACAUACCGCAGGCAGACAUUGACCCGUCAGGGGUGUUUAAAUACGUCCUUAUCAGGGUUCAUAGCCGGGAAGAAGGGGAUGACUCCGAGGUGGAUAUAGUCCGGGGAUACGGCUGGGCUGAGUACCACGCUGAUAUCUACGACAAGGUUUCAGAGGAGCUAGAGAAGGAUGGCCACCUGGACUGUGAAUGUGUUGGAGGAGGGAGAAUCAAACACGAUGCUCAGGCUAAAAAGAUCCAUGUCUACGGGUACUCCAUGGGAUUUGGAAGAGCAAACCACGCAGUGACAACUGAGAAACUGAAGGCCCGAUACCCAGAUUAUGAAGUCACCUGGGACAAUGAAGGCUACUGAAAUGAGCCUCUACCCCUGCUGGAUGUUCUUUUUCAUAGACUGAUAUUAUGAUUUUCUGUAACCCUUCAUCUGCAGCACAACUUGCCAUAAAAUAUUAAAUUAGCUUUUUAUAACCACAUGAACUAUCAAUGAGCAAGAUUCACUCAAAGUGACCUAAAAUGAACCAAUUACAAGGCUUUUUAUAUGUAAAACGCAGUAUAGAAAUUAACUUUUUUUCAACUGGAUUCUAUUACUUCUAAAAACGAUAUGUCUGCCAUUGUAAAUAUGAUUAUUCACAUUGUGUUGUCUAAUUUUAAACUAUGUUCACCAUGAAAGUUUACAGUGGACCAUCUGACUUGUUUUAGAGUCACAUACAAUUGCAGAUAUAACUUAAUUAAGAUGUUGUAAAGUUAGCCUCACCCACUUCUUCGUUUUGUAAGUUUCAAAAAUAGUUUAUAGAAUCUGCCUCAAAGUUUUCUUCCAAUUUACGCAAAACUUUUUUUUUUUUUAAACAUUAACCCCCUUUAACAUCUACAGUUAGAAAAAGGAAUGGGAAAAUAUUUAUUUACAUUUCUUUUUUCAUUGCUUUUUUCACAGAUAGUUGAAGUGACUCGUUGUGGUAUAAGUGUGAAACUUUUUUGCCAAAGUUUCACCAUCGGAGCAACGAGUGUUGGAUCUUUUCCAUGAGAAUUUAUCAACAGUGCACUAUUGUGCAAGACGUUAGCGUCGUUUGAAAGGAAAUGGUUUUAUUAUAGCAGGCAGCGGUUGCAUGCUGGGUGAUUUUAAAGUCCACCCGUUAUCUCUGAGACGUACAGGAUAUAUUCAACGAGGUCCUCCUGGCUUUGCUCAGACCUUUAAUGUAAUUAGGACGACAGCCAAAAGAUGUGUUGGUGGAGGAGCUCCGCCAUCCUUCUGCUGUUGACCCUGCAGUCGGCUGCUUGUUCUUGGGCUCCCCGGUGUGAGACCACUGAGGGAAAAUGUGAUUUUGUGUGUGAUUGUUCUGACUGCAGUGAUGAGCAAGAGUGUGGCUACAGAGGAAGAGCUUUUGAGUGUGACUUUGAGGAUGCCGGAAUGUGUGGAUGGACUGACCAGUCCUUAAAUGAAGUGUACACCUGGAAGAGACUUCAGAGAGGGGACGGGCUGCCUGACAGCGGGCCGUCUUCUGACUAUACCACCGGCACAGCCAUAGGUUGGUUUAUGGCAGUGAGUGCUAUUAGUGAACAGUCUCCUCAAAGAGCAGUUUUCAUAUCUCCAGAGAUUAAACAGUCUGCACCAACGUGCCGUCUCCGCCUCAGAUAUUUCCUUUGGGAUUCAGGCCACACUGGUCUGGGCUCUGCUCCUCUUUGGGCAUCCAUCCUUCACCAGAACAAUCAAGAGGCUGUGAUUUGGCGCCCUGAGGCCUCCAGUAUUCAUGGCUGGAAGGAAGACACCAUCUUCCUUGGUCGCAUUCCCUCAUCUUUUCGAAUCCGUCUCCAAUCCCAGCGCCUAGAGGGACGGAGAGGAGAUGUGGCCUUAGACCAGCUGGAGUUCCUAGAUUGUGCUUUGCCCUUGCCACUUCCUGGGUCAGAAUGUGCAGAAGGGAUGGUGGAAUGUUCACGUGGGGGCUGCGUGGAGCAGCGGCAGCUCUGCGAUGGCAGCGAUGACUGUGGUGAUGGAACUGAUGAGAGCGACUGUGAAGCAUACAGCCGCUGUGACUUUGAGGAGGACCUGUGUUAUUGGGACCUGAGGUCAAUUUCUCGCCUGAAAUGGAUAAGAACGAGUCAGGAGGAGAUCUCAAGAUCAGAUCCCCUGAAAGGCCCAGGCAGGGAUCACUCCAACAACACUGCAUCAGGUUAUUUCCUGUAUGUCACUGUUCCUGAUGCUGGUCUAUCAAUGGACUGGGCUGCUUUCCAAAGUCCCCCUCUACAGCCCACCAAUAGUUCACAUCCAUGCAAGAUGGUGAUGUAUACUCAUCAGUUUGGGCCAAGGUCUGGAGGUUUGACAGUGUUGGUGGCAAGCCAUCAAAUCACUCCAGUGUGGGAGAGAGGUGGAGCUCUGGGUGAUAUCUGGGUGAAAGCUGAGGUCCAGAUUGUAAGCGACAAACCCUUUCAGAUCUUGAUAAUGGCAGCAAUCAGAGACUUUGACUAUGGAGGUAUUGCCGUUGACAGCAUUGUGUUGUCUCCUGAAUGUCGCUUGUCUCUGGUAAAUGAGACCCUGGGAAAAAUCCCCAAACCCCCAAAGCACCCAUGCACUACACCAGAUAAGAUGUGUGACUUUCAUCCUGACUGUGCAGAAGAACAGGAUGAGGCCAGAUGUGGGGAUUUCUCAUACAUUGAGGGUAGUUUGGGCUGGACUGACACCAGUAUUGGGAAUCAAGGUUGGUGGCUGCAGGAAAACUCCACAGCCAAAGAGGAGGAAUUUCUGUAUGUAGCUGAUGCUCCAGGCCAGCAGAAGACUGAGGCCCAAACAAGGACCCCCCUCUUAGGCCCCACCGGUCCCGCCUGCAACAUGAGCUUUGAUUUUGCACUCAAUGGGAGCUCCAAUCAUAUCGGUGAGCUGUCUGUCAGGGUGAUAGACAGCUUGCUGGGGAUGGGGCCUAAACUGUGGGAGUUCAGUGGAAAGACCGGAACAGAAGAGGGAGCUUGGAAUCACGCUGAUAUUCCUAUUGGGGUCAGGAAACAUCGAUUCCAGCUGGCGUUAGAAGCUCGUGCUGUGAAACUCGAUCCACACUCCAGCAUCAAAGUGAAGAAUGUUCGCUUCUCAAGCUGUCAUGCUCAGUAUUUUCCAUCCGCGCCAACUGGACUGUCGUGUAACUUUGAAGAUGGAUUGUGUGGAUGGUACCAGGAUAACGGUGACAAUUUUGACUGGACAGUUCUGAGUGGGAUGGACCACACCAUCGGAGUUGGCAGAAGCCUUGCUGUGGAUAUGUGGAGUCCUUCUCUGCGCGGUGCAUUUGGGCGCUUGAUUUCAGUUCCACUGCCGCCGGGUCAAUCAGAUUACUGCCUAACCUUCUUCUACAAACUCUAUGGGCCAGACACAGGCAUUUUGAAUGUGAAGUUGAUGGAUAAACAUGGUUAUGAUAUCGUCCUGUGGACCCGCAGUGGCGCUCAUGGCAACAUGUGGCAUGAAGCCCACUGUCCAGUACCCCACCAGCUUACAAAGUUUCAGCUGAUUUUUGAAGCGGUUCGCUCAGGUUUUGACGGUCGGGUCGCUAUCGAUGAUGUGAUGUUCUUGGACGGUCCCUGUUCCAUACCAAGAAUAUGUUCCUUUGAGAGCCAGCAGUGUGGGUACAGCAGCCAUGGUAAAGUUAACUGGCUCCACCGCAGCGGACACAGCAGCAUGGCUUCUGGACCCAAAACUGACCACACUCUGGAGACUGAAAUGGGCUACUACAUGAUGGUCAACACUGGGGCAACCAUCCUCCCCCUGGGUGCCACCGCAGUCCUCACCUCCCCCAUUCGUCAAGGAAUCAUAAACACAGAGUGUCUAAAUUUCUGGUAUCAUAUGGGAGGAGAAAAUCCAGGUUCUCUUACUGUGUACAUGAAGUCUGUAGAGGGAGAACGGGUAAAGAUCUUCUUUGACAGUUUGAAUCAAGGAGAUGUCUGGCGCCAUGGCAACGGCAACAUCUCAAGCGGCCUUGUGGACUGGCAGUUGGAGUUUGAGGUGGUUGGAGGCGGAGGCAAAGACACCCAUGUUGCGGUAGACGAUAUCUUUGUAUCAUUGCACCCAUGUAAAGAUCAAGGUUCUAAGUGCAGCAUGGAGAAAGGGAUGUGCGGUUGGAGCAAUACUCAGAACACCAAAGUGGACAAACUGGAUUGGGAGCUAACAAGCCAUGAAGAAGAGCGUCAUUACCCCACUCCGGCUGAGGACCAUACUCUGGGCACAGAAAAGGGCCACUUCCUGUUCUUUCCUAGCAGCAAUAGGACAGCGGCCAAUGAAAACGCUCAGCUGUUAAGUCCCCACCUCCCUCCGACCAAAGGCACCUGUCUGAGAUUCUGGGCCUACAAACCCGAUUCAUCCGACAAACGGCUGAAGGUGUGGAGACUUUCGGGGGGCAGUCUCCAUCAGCUGCUGGACGUGAGUGAGCUGCGGGGUCCGUGGACACGCUUUGAUGUUAACAUCACAUCUACUGAAGAGUACCAGAUUGUCUUUGAAGGAAUCAAAGGAACGUCGGGGGUUGUCGCUCUGGAUGACAUUGAAUACACGAUCGGUAUUAAUUGUGCCAACGAAGCCACAGAUUCAAUUUCAAAGAAGGGAGACAACGCAGGAGGGAUUGCAGCAUCAGUGAUUGUGGUCCUGCUACUGAUUGGCACCCUGAUUGCGCUCCUGAUCUACUACCUGCGAACAAAAAAGAGGUUUAACUCCACAUCUGGUCCAUCGUCAUCCUCAGUUGUUGGUAUUCCGAAUGAAGUUUAUGAAUCAGACGUCACAGAGGAUCACGUGGCAAUUCCACAGAGAACAAAGAAUCAUCCGGUAGAAGCCGGGUUCAAUGAUGUUUCUCUCUCUGUGGAUGUGAGGGAGAGCCAGGUAGCCUGAAACAAAGAUGAAGAUUGACUUGCCACUUAAAAGGGGCUAUGUGAAAUUAAGGGGAUGCCACAGCAGAAGAACUGCUUGUAUAACCCUGUCACGUACAUACAAUGCACAUUCUAACACACACACACAAACACAAUUCAGGAACAAUACCAAAGGCUGAAAAUCAAUGGCCCCAGAUCUGGCAGAACCUUCUGGGGUCACAGCACUCCGCCUGUGGACGGAAAGAAGACAGAAGGACAGAGAUUAGACGCGCUGUGGAUAGAAGUCAGGGUAAUUUUUAAUCCGUUGUGGGCACAGUCACCUCCAUCCAACAGCAAAACGGGGAAAAUACAAGACACAGGUCCUGGGUCCAAAAAAAACUUUGUAGAAGAACACUUAUAGCAGACUUUGUCUUGUAAAUAUCAAACAACUGUUGCAUCAUAACUGACAUAACAAAAAAGUUUCCGUUUUGAGGUUGGAUGAUGAAGCCACACAGACAUAUAUAGAAUUUAAUCUGGUGGAAGAGAUGAUGUAUCUAAUAUUCUGAAAAUGAGGAAAACUCAUUGCUAAUGUUUAGCUUUCGAAUCCUGCAUAAGAUUCGGCCACGAAGGGUAUGAUAAGGAAAACAUUGCGUUUCAAAUUUCAACAGGUGACAUGAUAACAUUUCAAGAUUUUUCUUUUUCAGAGUUUCACCACCUACUGUGGAAAAAAACUACAAAAAUCUUACAUUUGUAUUCAAUGCUACACACACAAUUAUUUUUCCUAUCAUGGGUUUCCAUGACACAUGGCCAGGGAGUGAAAUUUUGAAAUUGUUGAAGAACAGUAUGCAACUUAGCAUGAUUGUGUACACAUAAUAAUGGUCCAGCAGUUUCAGAAAAAAAUCAAACAAGUCUAAAGAGUAUUUAUAGGUGUUAUCAGCUAUCGAUACUUAGCUCAAACAAGCAUGAACUUAUACUCUGAAUGAUGCAUCAUGUUUGUGGACUGGUUUAGAGUUACUUGAACUGCACAUGAAAAAAAGAGUCACCAUGAUUGAUUAAUCAUAAAUGGAAAACGACGAUAUCCUUAUGAAUCAUUAAUGGUGGAUGUCCGAGUCUAUCGGCACAUCUUUGAUACAAUCCUCCAGGUAAAUUUAUUUACUAAGAAAGCAGAAAUGUUUCUAUAUUGCGUCUAAUGUGGCUGAUCAUUAUGUCAAUCUGCUUUAAAUGUUGCUUGUGAACUAAUGUAAGUAGUUCCUCUUAGUGACUGUAAAUGGAAAGUUGAAACGAGGCUGUGACAAAAUACAGAUGUAAUAAUGUCUGAACCAAGAAAAUGACUGGCAGGUGUAUUCUACUGAAUGUGUUGGAGUGAUAUUUUCACUCUGUCUUAAAUCAGGUAUGGGCAAAGCCAUGAAGAUCAAUAAACGUGGUUAAAUCACUGAUGUUGCCUUUCAUUUUUUUACCCAAAGGUAAGAUCAUCCU